GCGCUGCCCCUCCCCCUCCCCGCCCGGGCUGCCGGACCCCGCCGCGCACCAUGGCCGGCCUGGAGCUGCUCUACGCCUCGCAGGCGCCCGGCCUCUCCCGCCCGCAGGACUCGCUGCUCUGCUUCGUGCACUGGCAGCUGGUCACGCACCAGUACCGCGCGCUGGGCACCGGGGACCAGCCGGGUCCCAAUGAAAGGAAGUCGGAGCUGCUGCCGGCCGGGUGGAAUGCCGACAAGGACCUGUACACGCUGCGAUACAAGUCCAUGGACGACCGCCACGAGCUCCUGCUGAAGGCGAUCAUGGUGGACACCAGCAUGAUUCUCAACGUCAUGGAUUGCAGCUCCAAGCAGGUGGCUGAUUUGACCUUGACCGUGGCAGAUUACAUCGACCCGGAGCACUUGGCUGAUUUCCACAGGGUGUACAAGAACAUCGAGGAGCUGCAGACCAGGGUUGUCACAGGCAUCAUCUCUCCGUUGCAGGCUCCCAAAGAGAAGGGUGACCCCAAAAAGGAGGCCAAGCCUGAGAAGACGGUCCCGCCUGCCUCCACUGAGGAUUAUGACCCCUUGAGGAUUCCUCCCUGGCAGCCUCUGGGUGGCCGGCAGCCAUCCUGGCCUGAUCCCCGGGACCCCUUUGCUGUGGGUGGAGAGGACCUGGACCCCUUUGGCAUCCAGAGGCUCCAGCUGAGAUCAUACAGUAUGAGGACAGUGCACAGCAUGACAGAGCUGCAAGGAGCUGAGGGGCCGGAGGGGCGGUAUGAUCGCCGAUCCACUCCGCUCCAGAUUUCGAAGGCCUCUUAUCGACCCAUCGUCAGGUCUCCCAAACAGGCUUCCUCCUGGGGCUGUUCCCCCAGGUGCCAGAUUCGACCCAUUUGGACCAGGGGGCGGCCGUCCUGCAGGGCCAGACCCAGAUCACCUCCCCCCUCCGGGGUACGACGACAUGUUCAUGUGACUUCACUGAGAGAGAAGCGCCUUUUCCCCACCUUUCCCCUUUUUGGAAGACUCUCGUCAGUUGUAGCGUUCGCCCCGGGCACUAGAGUCUUUCCCUGCACUGCAGAUCAGCUGUAAAGGUUUCACUGCAUGUAUAACAGCAGAGAAGGCAGCGUGUGGAUCUCGUCUCUUCGCCUGAUGCCCCGGGGAAAUCCGUAGCCGUUUGUAAUCUAACACCUGUUGAAACAUGACUGCCGUGCACUAAGAACAGAAAGCCGCUUGGGGUGUGUUAUUCAGAACUGGAACUGCCCUAUGAGAACUGUAUGGAAAAAAAUGUCAUUUCCUUUGCUUUCCUUGUAUCGCCUUCUCUGGACGGCCGUGAUGUGUGCUCCGGGAUUUACUCAGCUGGUUGUUGCUAGCCACCACCGGUCUGGUAACGACUUGGUCUUGACGAGCUUGCCGGUGCAGAGUCCCACAUUCCAUACUUGCUCCCAGCUGGCCACGCGUACGUCUCAGACAGGCCUGGCCUAGAGCGCAGUGAGUUACUGAGGUGUGGAUGCAGGAAGCUCCAGUGAGCCUGCCAGGAAAGGCUUGUAAAGGCAUCUGGGGUUUCUCCUCUGCUCUGUGCUCACCUUCGCCCCUCAGCUGCCAGUAGAAUAAGGGGUUAGGAAGGGCUGAGUGGGGCAAUGGAUUAAUUCUUCAAUUUCUGCCUCUAGAGCAGCAUGGCCAGAUCCUCAGCUGGUGCAGCCAGACCUAGUUGCAUUGGCUCCAGUGGGGCUCCAUUGAGUUAGAUCCGCUGAUCAUCUGGCCCCUAGAUCUAAAGACAGCAACACACAAUCUAGUCAAUUAAAAAAAAGUCACCAUUAGUUUCAGAUCCUGCCCCUGCAUCUCCCUUGCUGGUUUGUGUGGUUCUUAUGAUCACGUGUCUGUUCCUAAGUCUCUCUCCCCGAUUGCUGAGGGGGAAUCUUACACAGACGCCAGGAAGAUGGCAUUGACUGUAUCCCAAGUGCUGUCAAACGCACAAAGGGAACUAGCUGGGGACCCACAGAAAGCUGGAGAAUGUUUUUUCUCUGCCCGUGCUCAGUCAAAUCUGGAAUAACUCCAUUUGUUUUGGUGGAGUCCCUGCAUGCUGCAAUUACAUUGGAGUAGCUGAGAUCGGGGUGGUUUAUAGUUUCAGGGUGGGGUGAUGUAAGAAUGAGGUGAAGGGUCGCUUAUAGCUGUUGUGCUUGGACUUCCCUUGUGUUUUACGGGAGGCAUUUUUCAGGUGGCUGUUCUUUGUUUUGUUAAUUCAGUCACACCAGGCUAGUAUGUUAACAGGAUAGUUCCUGUCCUCUGCAGAUCCUAUCCAGUUGAAUUCAGUGGUGUCAAUUUUCCAAAGUGACGACUAAUUUGGGGUGCCGCUGUGUCUGAGGUGCCUUAGAGGGGCCUGAUUUUCAGAAGGCAAGCACCUAGCACGGUCUGAAAAUCCUGCCCUGUUGCAGCAUCGUUGUGCUGGGACCCAGCAUUGUUAGUUACUUUUGAAAAUUUAAGUCACUGAUUCUCCUGAUUCUUCUUGGUUUGAAUUUUUUUAAAGGAUCUUAUAACUAAAAUAAAAACUGGGUGAACUGCU